CACAUUGUCACAGCAUUGUUAGGUAAGGACAUUGUCAUGCGAUAAUUAUAUUUUUAAAAGAAUAUAAUUUGUGACUUGUGACAUGGCUACUCUUGGUACUACUACUGGUGAGGGUGAAUAUGGAUAUGAGAGGAAAAUUAAACAGGAGGUCGAAGAAAAUGACACUCGAAAUUCUGAAGAAAAAUGUGAUGCACUUCAAGUGUUUACCUCAAGGAAUGAAUUUUAUCCAGAACAGAUAAAAAGUGAAGAUGUUGAUUAUCAUGAUCUGAAAUUUGAAUGCAAGGAAGAAAUAAAGGAAAGCUCAUACUGUGAGGUGUGUGGUGGAAAUGUACUUAGUCCAAGGGAUUUUUUUAGCCCUGGUACUUCAAAAGGCAGCUGUUAUUGUCAAUGCCAGAAUGAGUCUAGUGCUAUGCAAGAUCCUGAAAUAAUUUGUUUUGAAACCAAGGAAGAGAGAGUUGCUGGAAAUGAAGAGGAAGCUAUCAAUGAAAAUUUGAAAGAGAUGAAGGAAAUAUUCAGUUCUGGAUACUAUUUCAAUUCAAUUAGAGAGAGUAGAAUUCGUGAGAGAAAUGAAAUUUGCUCAAGAAAUAUGAAGGAAAGAACUGAUGUGAUAUCUGUUGAAAACCAGCAUACGGGAAGACAUGAAAAUAUUCAUACUGGCAAUAAACCAUUCAAGUGUAAAGUCUGCUCUAAUGCAUUCUUGCGUUGUAGUGCUUUGAAAAGACAUGAAAAAAUUCAUACUGGCGAUAAACCCUUUAAGUGUAAAAUCUGCUCUAAAUCAUUCAUUCAAGGAGGUAAUUUGAAAUUCCAUGAAAAAAUUCAUACUGGUGAAAGACCAUUUCAGUGUAAAGUCUGCUCUAAAUCGUUCAUUCGAGGAAGUGAUUUGAAAUAUCAUGAAAAAAUUCAUACUGGCGAUAAAUCAUUUAAGUGUAAAAUCUGCUCUAAAUCAUUCAUACAAGGAGGUGAUUUGAAAAGACAUGAGAAUAUUCAUACUGGCGAAAAACCAUUUCAAUGUAAAAUCUGCUAUAAAUCGUUCACAGGGAAAAAUAGUUUGAAAAGACAUGAAAAAAUUCAUACUGGCAAUAAACCCUUUAAGUGUAAAAUCUGCUCUAAAUCAUUCACUCAAGGAAGUGAUUUGAAAAUACAUGAAAAGAUUCAUUCUGGCGAUAAACCAUUCAAGUGUAAAAUCUGCUCUAAAUCAUUCAUUCAAGAAAGUAAUUUGAAAUCCCAUGAAACAAUUCAUACUGGUGAAAGACCAUUUCAGUGUAAAGUCUGCUCUAAAUCGUUCAUUCAUGGGGCUAAUUUGAAAAAACAUGAAAUAAUUCAUAUUGGUGACAGACCAUUUCAGUGUAUAAUUUGCUCUAAAUCUUUUAUUCGAAAUAGUAAUUUAAAAAGACAUGUAAAAAUUCAUAUUGGUGAAAGACCAUUUCAGUGUAUAAUUUGCUCUAAAUCUUUUAUUCGAAAUAGUAAUUUAAAAAGACAUGAAAAAAUUCACAUUGAAGAAAAACCAUUACAAUGAAAAAUUUGUUCAAAGUUGUUCUGAAAAUAUAGACAACCAUUUCAGUCUAAAUUACGUUCUAAAUAUUUCAGCGUAAAUAAUAUUUUAAAAUUGCAUGACAAAAUUCAUAAUUGUUAAAAAGGAUUUCAUUUCUAAGAGCAACAGUAAAAUAAAACAUUGUUAAAAAGAACAACCCAUAUAUCUUAUGUUCUUAAAAAGUUCUUAAAUAGCUUCCUUUCAAGUUGUAUAUGAUAGUACUAAACAAAUCUGAAGAAGCUAUUGAUUGUAUACCGAAACACAUGUUAUUGUUUUGUAAACAGUGAAUACGUUAUGAAUGGAUUUUCAUCAAGUAUUAACCAUUUCCAUCACAUAUUAGUUUAUUGAAAGAUGUUUAAAAGAUAAUUUUUAAUAUUUUAAUGAAAUAUCUGUAUGCGUUUUGUUCUUAUACUUUGUUAUAUGUUUCAAGUGUUCAUUAUAUACAUGAAAAUUUUAGAACUUCUCAUAACCUCCACAGAUCUCAGAAUUUUUCGUUUUGAAACCAAGAAAGAGACAGUUGUUGGAAAUAAAGAGGUCAAUAAAAAUGUGCUGGAUACAAUUCCAAUUCAAUUAGAGAGAGUAGAAUUCAUGAGGGAAAAACUUUGCUCUAAAUGAUUCAUAAGUGGAAGUAAUUUGAAAGCUCAUAAAUAACUCAUACUGGUGAUAAAUCAUUUCAAAGUAAAUUCCCAUGAAAAAAUUCAUACUGUCGAAAAGCUAUUAUAGUGUAAAAUUGUCUAAAUAUUUUAUUCAAAAUGGUCAUUUGAAAAGAUAUGAAAAAAUUCACACUGAAGAUAAACCAUUUCAAUAAAAAAAUUUGUUCAGUGGAUAAGUAUCUGAAUAUACAUAAAAAAAUAUAUACUGGCAAACCAUUUUAGCUUAAAUUCUGUUCUAAAUAUUUCAGUUGAAAUAAUUUGAAAUUACAUGAAAUAAUUCAUAAUAAAUAAAAAGCAUUUCAUAAAUUGUUGAAACAACUCAUAUAAUAUAUCUGUUAUGUUCUUUGAAGUUCUGAAAUACUCUCCUUUCUAGUUGUAUGUAUAUGAUAGUACUAAACAAGCCUGAAGAAGCUAUAGUAUACUGAAACACGUGUGAUUGUUUUGUAAACUGUAAAUACGUUGGUUAUGGAUUUUCAUCAAGUGUCAGCCAUUUCCAUCACAUAUAUGGAUAUAUUUUUUACUUCCUCCCCCCAUAAACAAUCGUAUUUUCUUGAGAAUAAAUAAGUAAAUGUUUAUUAGAAGAUAAUUUUCAAUUUUUUAAUGAAAUAUCUGUAAUGUGCUGUGUUCUUAUUCUUUGUUAUUCGUUCCAUAUGUUCAUUAUACAUAAAAUUGUAGGACUUCUCAUUACCUUGAAAUAAAAAAAAAUGUUCCAUUC